AAAUACGGGAGGGAGGAUUGGAGCACCUAACCUUCGCCUCUCCUCGCCUCUUGUCUCAUCUAUCCUAACCAGCCUGGCCUAACCCUCCCCCGAUCUCCCCCCAUCCUCAUCCUCCUCCCCGUCGCCGUCGCCGCGGCUGCUCGUCGUCGACCCCUCCGGCGAGCCGCAGAUCCCCCUCCCCAAUCCUUCCGUCAGAGGGGCUGAAACCCGCCGAAUUUUAUUAGGCGGAGGAGGAGGAAGGGACAGAAACAGGGCACACGCCACUCUGCAAUUUUUGGUCUCACAAAAGGGACUUCGGCAUCACUCUGCAUCACUGGGAAUUUUCCAUUUGGAAGGCCCAGUUACUGAAUCAUGGUGCUCUGUGAACCGCAACCCGGAACAGUGAAUCCCGGUCGCGAAUGUGUGGGCGAAAGCGCAGGAGAGGGCGCAUCAGCUUGAGUGCAGACAGGGGGUGAUGGCAACGGCAAUGGCAAUGGAAUUGGCCGACAAAUUGCUCCUGCUGCUCCGGAGCUACUCACUGCCUGUUUGGGCCACCAUCAUCUCGGGGCUCUUCGUCGUCGUCUCGGUCUCGCUGUCCAUCUACUUGCUCCUCAACCACCUCUCGGCCUACAAGAACCCAGAGGAGCAGAAGUUCCUCGUCGGUGUCGUUCUUAUGGUGCCGAUAUACGCAAUCGAGUCGUAUAUAUCAUUGGUGAAUCCAACAAUUGGUGUAGAUAUUGAGAUUCUGCGAGACGGAUACGAGGCAUUUGCCAUGUACUGUUUCGGGCGGUAUCUAGUUGCGUGCUUAGGUGGAGAAGAUAGGACGAUUGAGUUUCUGAAGAAGGAGGGCAGUUCAGGUUCUGAUGCACCACUUUUAGGCAAUGCAUCCGAAGAACGGCACGUGAACCACCCUUUUCCUAUGAAUUACAUGUUGAACCCAUGGCCCAUUGGCGAAUGGUUCUACUUGGUAGUUAAGUUUGGGCUUGUCCAAUAUAUGAUAAUAAAGACAAUAUGUGCUCUUCUUGCGGUGAUUCUUGAAUCCUUUGGGGUGUACUGUGAAGGAGAGUUUAAAUGGAACUGUGGGUACUCUUACACUGCCAUGGCUCUCAAUUUCAGUCAGUCAUGGGCCUUAUACUGUCUCGUUCAAUUUUACGCCGUCAUAAAGGACGAGCUAGCCCAUAUAAAGCCCCUAGCGAAGUUUCUGACAUUCAAGUCUAUUGUGUUCUUAACAUGGUGGCAAGGUGUGGCAAUAGCGUUGCUCUCCAGCUGGGGCUUGUUGAGAGGCCCUAUAGCUCAAGAGUUGCAGUUCAAGUCCAGCAUUCAGGACUUCAUCAUCUGCAUAGAGAUGGGUUUUGCUGCUGUUAUUCACCUGUACGUCUUCCCUGCCAAGCCAUACGAGCUAAUGGGCGAUCGUUACGUUGGAGAUGUUUCAGUUCUGGGAGACUACGCUUCAGUUGACUGCCCUCUAGAUCCAGACGAAGUUAAAGAUAGCGAGCGCCCAACCAAGAUUAGGCUUCCCCAGCCAGAUGAUCACGUCAGAUGCUCCACCGCCAUAAAAGAAAGCGUCCGCGAUGUUGUACUCGGAGGAGGCGAAUAUAUUGUGAACGACCUGAAGUUCACCGUCAACCACGCGGUGGAGCCGAUCAACGAGAAGAUCCACCAGAUAUCGCAGAACAUGAAGAAGCAUGAUAAAGACAAAACAAACGACGACAGCUGCAUCGACUCGCCGCGAUCCCUGCACAGGGUGAUCAGUGGGAUCGACGACCCGCUCCUGAACGGGAGCCUCAGCGACAACAGCGGCCCCAAGAGAGCGCGGAGGCAGCAGCGCAGGAGGUUGGGUGCGGUGAUCAGUGGCGAGAGCAGCGACCAUGGGCUGGGCGGGUACGAGAUCCGGGGACACAGGUGGAUCACAAAGGAGUGAGGAGGAUGAGGAUCGACGCCCGGUCUGCACUGCAGCAUCGAAUUCCUUUCGUACUGAAGCGCUGGCUGCUAUGGAUCUUCGGGACUGCUAAAGCCUGAAAGGCAGUGAUCAGACCACCUAAGUUCUUGAUGAAUCUGGGAGUCGGUGCUUGCAGAAGCAAGAUAUGUGUCAUCACCCCCACGACAUGGCGAAUCGAGCUAGCGAUUUUUUUUGGCUGACUAUUUCAGCUGCUGAUGACAUCGGAUCUCACAUAUUGAACAGUAUAGCAGGAUUACUACAGCAAAGAGAAGGAUGGUCAUGACAGGUUUAAUACAUCAUCGUUCGUAAACCUUUUGGAUGAACAUCUUCUGUAAUGUACACAGACUUGAGAUAUAAAAGUAUUAAUAGAUGUUUCGACGAUGAGGCGUCGGGUCUUGCUCA